CUGCCCUCAGCAAACAUGGCCGCCGCUCUGGCGUCAGCCCUGCUCAGGAGGCCGCGCUGCCGUCUGGGAAUCGCGGGCCCGGCGUCACCCGGCGCGGGGCCACGUGACGCGCUAGGCGCCCGAGGUGGCGGGGCUUGCGCAGGCGGAGCAGCCGCGGAGGCCUGAGUGGGGUGGGGGCUGCUGGGCGAGGUUUCCUGGCGGGUCCGAGCCUCGCCCGCACGUGCCUGCCUGCUCGCGCUCGCGGUCCUGGGCGCUGCCGCAGGUUGCCAACCCCCUGCGUUUUAUCCUAACCCGGGCAUGUUGAGGACGCCGUGACCUUCAGGCUGAAGAAAUGAGGGCCUAAAGCGUGUGGAUCCAGCAUAGGAAAGGAAUAAUGCUGUCAGCAUGUCUGCACAUUCCAUGCUCUGUGAACGAAUCGCUAUAGCCAAGGAGCUGAUCAAGAGAGCAGAAUCACUUUCUAGAUCACGAAAAGGUGGCAUAGAAGGUGGUGCAAAGCUGUGCAGCAAAUUGAAGGCAGAGUUAAAAUUCUUACAGAAAGUAGAAGCUGGGAAGGUAGCUAUUAAAGAGUCCCACUUACAGAGCACUAACCUAACCCAUCUGAGAGCCAUCGUGGAAUCGGCAGAAAACCUGGAAGAGGUGGUCAGUGUCCUUCAUGUCUUCGGUUACACAGACGCCUUGGGAGAAAAGCAGACCCUCGUGGUAGAUGUGGUUGCAAAUGGCGGUCACACUUGGGUGAAAGCCAUUGGCCGAAAGGCCGAAGCGCUGCAUAACAUUUGGCUGGGCAGGGGUCAGUAUGGGGACAAGAGCAUCAUUGAGCAGGCUGAAGACUUCCUGCAGGCCAGUCACCAGCAGCCAGUGCAGUACAGCAACCCUCACAUCAUCUUUGCGUUUUACAACAGCGUCUCCAGCCCCAUGGCAGAGAAGCUGAGAGAAAUGGGCAUAUCUGUAAGAGGAGACAUAGUGGCGGUGAACUCCCUGUUAGAUCACCCUGAAGAGCUCCAGCUGAGUGAGAGGGAAUCGGAUGACGAGGGCCCUGAACUUCUGCAGGUGACCAGAGUAGACCGAGAAAACAUCCUGGCUCGUGUUGCCUUUCCGACGGAGAUCAAGGUGGACGUGUGCAAAAGAGUGAAUUUGGACAUCACCACUCUAAUCACAUAUGUAUCUGCCCUCAGCUAUGGAGGCUGCCACUUUGUCUUCAAAGAAAAAGUGCUCACAGAACAAGCAGAGCAAGAGAGGAAAGAGCAGGUUCUGCCGGAGCUGGAGGCAUUCAUGAAGGACAAGGAGCUGUUUGCUUGCGAAUCUGCCGUCAAGGAUUUUCAGUCCAUUCUAGAUACCUUAGGAGGACCAGGGGAGAGAGAGAGGGCCGCACUGCUGAUUAAGCGAAUUAAUGUGGUCCCAGACCAGCCUUCUGAGCGUGCCUUGAGACUAGUGGCCAGUUCAAAAAUCAACAGCCGCUCAUUAACGAUUUUUGGGACGGGAGACACCCUAAAAGCCAUCACAAUGACUGCCAAUAGUGGUUUUGUUAGAGCUGCCAACAACCAGGGUGUUAAAUUUAGUGUGUUUAUCCACCAGCCCAGAGCACUUACUGAGAGCAAAGAGGCCCUAGCUACCCCCUUACCCAAAGACUGCACCACUGACAGCAAACACUAAUGACAUCCUUUAAAUAUUGUCAUGGAAAUAAGUUAUUUAUACCAAAGGCUGGGUCUUGCCAUCUUCACUGGAGACAAAAAGAGGUCCAUAGUAAAAAUAAUCCUCAGGACCCUUAAACCAGUAAAGUUGAUUGUGUGUCUCAUCUAUAAAGUUUAUAACCUAAAGUAGAAAAAGCACAAGAGGCAGCCUUAUUUAUCAAACUGGCUACAUUAUAAUUAGAACAGAACUGUGUAAGGCUUUUAGCUGUAUCACAAUACCAAUAUCCCACAAUCCAGUAGGGCUACAGUUUCCCUAAUGGUAAUUGCAUUUCUUGGACUGUGGCUACGUUGCAUCUUGCAUUAAAUACCUGGAGAAAACUCUGCAGCUUGUUUUUCAUUGUAUUGAUUUAUCAGCUGAUACGGGUUGAGGCUUGGAGGUAAUAGUUUAUAAUUAAGUUUAGAUUUCAAAAUGAUGACUGUUACUAAUGAAAAGAAACUUUCUUGAUUGCUCCCUUUCAGGUGCAGUCUGGUGGGUAUGUUUACAAAAAGUACAUUAAUACAGAAGGAAAUAAAGUGAAUUCUGAUCCCAGGAGUCCCAUGAACCUCUUGAUACACCAUCGUGAAAAGAUAGACAGCAGUCACAAUGCUACAAGCCUAAGAUGUCUAAAUAUUAAUUUGAAUAUAUUGAAAAAGAAUUAUGUGAAAUAGUUCAGAUUUUACUUUUCAGUGUAAGCAGCCCCCACAUUGCCAGGAUUCAGAUCGAGAACACUCCUUGUUUUUGCAAGCGGCAAGGGACAACUGCAUUAUCUUGUUAACGUCUCCCGUGAAAUAGUGUCAAGGAGAUUCCGUGCCAGUUAUAUGACAAACGGUUGUAAUUAAAAAGAAAUGUUUAUGUCCAUGUUGUGGUAGGUGUCUUAUUAAUGUGCAGUGAAGAUACACUAGCAAAGUCAAUAUGUGUUCCCUCCAUUUGAAUUGAGUCUUAAUGCUUAAGUGCUAAUUUGUGCUACAUAUAGGAGCCAGUAAUGGAACUUGAUUUUGUGUCCCCGCAGCCUGACCUUUCUACUGUGUAGGCCUGUUUAGUGGGUGGAGGAGCCUUUGGUUUCCAGCCACAGCGUUGAGUAGGUGGACUUUGAUCAUCGGGGCCCAUGAGCCCUGAAAUGAAGCGCAGAGUGGAGGGGGUGUUUCUCUUGGGAGAGAUGCUGCCACUAACCCAACACAUUUCCUAGGCUGUGACCUGGCUUUUCCAUUUAGUAUAAAGAAGCAGAUUCAACUUUCACUGCAACGGAAAUUGUCUACGGUUAGAAGCUGGACUUAGGCUUUUUCAAGCACCUAUGGAAAUUACUAAAGUACUUGGUACUAUGAUGUACUGAGCAUUGUUGUAACAGUUAUUGGUACCAAAGAUGAAUACUGCUCUUUGCUGUUAGAAUUCGUAGUCUGAAAUGGAGGUAAACAGUUGAAGUAUAAUAAAUGUACUAAAUUUUCUAAAAGAA